AUGGCAUCAGUCAUACCACCGAAAGAGAAAAAGGCCAUGGUUGUUAAACUGGGAGGGCUGCCAUACUGGAUACUGAUGUGGGAUUUCAUCCCCAGUCACUGCUGACACACCUCAAACUGAUUAUGCGCAGUAUUACAGAAAGAAUGUCAAC